AUGGCCCACAGCCAGGCUCCCCCUCAAGCAGCGCAUGUGGACCGUGGAUCGGCUAGAAACCCUCAGUCCAGCGUUUCUGCCGAGAACAGCACUCACCACCAAACUCCGCCACGAACGGGGUUUCGCCGAAGUUCAUUUUCUAAGCAGCUGAAGUCCAAGCUGACACAGGAGGCCAGAGCUCCAAAAACUCCAGAGUCAUCAGAGUCGUCUGAACAGGAGCACGAACCUGAUGAGUUUGAAACGCGCUCUCUGCGGUUUGUCAACCUGAGACCGGACAUUGGGCUGAGCGAUUUUCUUGAUCUCAUUGAGUAUGGCCCCAUAGAAAAUUGCUCUUUUGAACUGACGCCUCACGCCAGCAGCAGCAAAACAGUCAUCCUCUCGUUUGUGAAGAAUGAAACCGCGUUCAAGUGCUACUCCAAGCUCAAAAACAUAUUGGACGAGCUCCGUAGUGUGCUGGAGUCUCCUGAAAUGGAAUUGCUUCCGGCCAAAAACGUGCCCUUGCUGCCUGUGGUCCAAUGGGCCAUAGAGAACGAUAGCGCGACCAGAGCAGUCUGUCUCAGCAAUAUUCCUUCGGGGCUCCCGUUGAGGCUUCUUUAUCAAGAGCUCGAAGUGAUGGGCCCCAUAGAGCAUAUCAAGUACAUCCCGAACAAAAACGCGGCGUUCGUCCACUUCACAUCAAUUUCCACGGCAAUAAAAUGCGUUGAGCAGCUAGCAUUGAGCGAAUCGAUCCUUUCCACCGCCAAAGUGUUCUAUAGUAAAGAGAAGAACACCAGCGUUCCUCAAUCAAACGGAACAGCCAAAAUUGAGUAUGACUGCGAGGACAAUCAAUAUUCUGACUUUUACUCUACUCCGUCGACAUCGUUCUCACAAUCCAACUUUGGGAAUCGGACCAUCUAUCUCGGUAACAUUCACCCCGAAACUACAGCAGAAGAAAUAUGCAAUACCAUCAGAGGAGGCUUGCUGGAGUCCAUCAAGUUGAUUCCCGACAGACACAUCUGCUUUCUCACCUUUAUCGACUCCAGCUCUGCCGCACAAUUCUUUGCUACUGGUACCAAAGAAAAAGUGAUAAUUCACGGCAGAAGAAUCAAGGUGGAUUGGGGGAAGCAUCCAGGGCCUGUGAGCGCACGUGUGCUGGAAGCCGUCGAGAAACAUUCAGCUUCAAGAAAUUUGUACAUUGGUACUGAACCUGUCUCUGAGGAAACUCAGGAAGAAGCCCGCCCAAAAAUACCCGAAAUUGACACUCUGCGACGCGAUUUCUCGAUAUUCGGAGAGAUUGAGCAGAUCAACUUUUUCAAGGAUGGACAGUGUGCAUUUGUGAACUUCCUCCACAUCGUCUCCUCGAUCAAUGCUGUAGAGGACUUUAAUGGUGAAGGGCGUGAUGCUGUGCACGCUUCUUUUGAAAACAGGUACAAGCCUUUCAAAAUUGCUUACGGGAAAGAUCGAUGUGCCAACCCUCCAAAGGCU